CAAAUUUCGUUUUCUCCUCACGCGUUCGUGAGAUAAGUAAUGACCGUCGAUAAUGAUUGAAUCCGUGGUACCUGUGCUGUGAUUAUGAAGUACGCCAAGAGGAUCUAAAAUGAACGUUCCGUACAUCAAUGACACUUUUAACAUUAAUGAACUUUCAACAGAUCAACAAAAACUGUUAAUUGAAAUUAGACGUCGUAAGGCAGAAUUAUUACUUGAAAUACAACAAUUGAAAGAUGAGUUAUCCGAAGUUGUUAGUGAAAUGGAAAACAUGGAUUCCAAUGAUGAUAGUAAAAAUCAAACCAAAGCCAAACAAAUAUCAAUUGGUCGUAAAAAAUUCAAUAUGGACCCAAAGAAAGGAAUUGAAUUUCUUGUUGAACAUGGUCUACUAAACCACAAUGAAGCUGAUGUUGCUGCUUUCCUCUAUAAAGGAGAAGGAUUAAAUAAGACCGCAAUUGGCGAUUAUUUGGGAGAACGAAAUGAUUUUAAUGAAAGAGUUCUAAGAGAGUUUGUUUCUCUCCACGAUUUUACUGAUCUCAUACUGGUCCAAGCUUUAAGACAAUUUCUAUGGAGUUUUAGACUUCCAGGCGAAGCUCAAAAAAUUGAUAGAAUGAUGGAGUGUUUUGCAGAAAGAUAUUGUCAAUUAAACCCAAAUAUUUUUACCAAUACAGAUACUUGUUAUGUUUUGUCAUUUGCUAUUAUAAUGUUAAACACAAGUCUUCAUAACCCUAGUGUUAAAGAUAAACCAUCAGUUGAACAAUUUAUACAAAUGAAUCGUGGUAUUAACAAUGGUGGUGAUUUACCUCGAGAACUUUUAAUUAGUUUGUAUGAUAGCAUAAAAACAGAACCUUUUAAAAUACCUGAAGAUGAUGGUAAUGACUUAAUGCAUACAUUCUUCAACCCAGACAAAGAAGGAUGGUUAUGGAAACAAGGUGGCCGUUAUAAAAGUUGGAAGCGUCGUUGGUUUAUUUUAAAUGAUAAUUGUCUAUAUUAUUUUGAAUAUACAACUGACAAAGAACCUCGAGGAAUAAUUCCACUUGAAAAUAUUGAAGUACGAGAAGUAUCUGAUCGACAUAAACCACAUUGUUUUGAAUUGUAUGCAGCUCCUGGAACUACAGACUUUAUUAAAGCUUGUAAAACAGAUAGUGAAGGAAAAGUAGUAGAAGGUAAGCACACUGUUUAUAGAAUGUCAGCAGCUACAGCAGAAGAAAAAGAUGAAUGGACAAAAUGCCUUAAACAAAGUAUUAGUCAUAAUCCUUUUUAUGACAUGUUAGCAGCACGUAAAAAGAAAGCACAAAAAAACAGUGUUCAUGGUCGAAGCUAGCGUCAUUUACUCAACUGUUUAAAACAGUAUUUGUGUACACUGAUGUAUUCGAAUCGACACUUUAGAUACUGGAAACCUAACAAAGAAGAUCAAUUAAACAAAAUUUUCAAGUAAAAUAAUGAUAUACAACCAUUUAUUUUUAUUUUUUGUAUCAUUUGGAUCAAAAUGAAAUUAGUCUGAUUGAACAAUAAUCAAUAACUUUUAUUGAUUUGCACAUUAUUUUAUUA